ACGUGCGGCAGUCGGCAUGUUUAUUUUGAAAAAUUGAAAUUUUUGAUUUCGAAUAAACUUUUAUCUUGCAAUGACAGACAGCGAUUCUUCUGAAGGCGAAGAUCUUUCUCGCUUUAAAGAAGCGGUAGACACUAAUUUUGUAAACUUAAUCAACCAAAAAGUUCAUUCAUCUAAAUCUAGUAUUCACCCAACAGAAACAAAACAGAAAUCAGAACGUUAUUUAGAAGAAACGAGUCAUUAUAAUGAUGUUAAAGUGCCUUUGGAGCUACAGAAGAGGAUUGGUGAUAAAAUAUCUAGUAUCAUAAACAAAAACAUUCAGUUUGUAGAUAUAGAUCCAAAGAAGCACAAAAGGAAAAUAAAGGGAGGAGUCAAAUUGUUCAAAGAUUCUGAAGAUUUCUUGUCAUGUAAUGAAGAUGAGGAUACAUAUACAGAAUCUCACAAUAAAGAAGCAAAAAAACUGAAACAGGAAAGGACGAAAGAAGAUGUAGAUGAAGAUCAGCUUAAAUCAGUAGUUGUAAGUGGUGAAUAUGUUUUAUCUAAAGAAGAGACCAAAUAUUGGAAGUCACGGCGAAAGGAAAAAGUAUUUAAAUAUAAGUCUAAUGGUAAAGGUUUACUAGUUGCAGUUGAAUAAAUUAACAAACACUGUACUAUGAAGGUGGGGUAUAUAUCUUGACUAAACAAACAUAUAGUCAAGAAAUUUUGAAAGAAUAGAAAAAAAAAUUAUCACGAGGCAGGGUUCGAACCCGCGUCUUUUGCCAAACCGUAGCAACGCCUAGACUCUCGGCC